AUGGGAAGGAUGGAUCUGGAUGAGGUUGUGUAUGUAUUUAUAUCUGCUAGUGUUUGAUGACAGGGAGUAUGCUUAUCAAACUCUGAAGGAGUAUAUACCCGGGAUGAACUGCUAGAAUGUAUACAGUUCGCUCAUGUUCUAGUAGAUCAGGGCACAGGACAAGAGUUUUCUGAGGUGCAGCCAUUGAUUGAGGUUUGUGCUGAGUUGGUUUCAUCUGGUACCCCCCGAAUGCAGGGAUGAAUUUUUGCCACCAUUUAGUGCAGACCAGGUAGAGUCCCUGGUAUGGGUAUUAGAGGAUGAUGUGGGUUACUUUCUGGAGCGUUAUUCCACAUGUUCUCCACAGGUACUAAGAGAUGUAUAAACGCAGUGCAGUCUUUGGUCAGGGACAGGCUUUGUGUAAGCGGAGCUUUGUUCAACCCCUACUGCAGACAUGGUCAGACUUGUUGCACCCAGCCUCAGUCAGCUUACAAAGACCCAGUCCUGCUUCUAAUCUAUCUCCUCAAAGCUCUACUCCUGUAUUCCAACAGCUCCUCCAGUUACAGCCCAGUAUACUAUCGUUGGCUAUCUACCGCAUGUCAGUACCCUGUUCCCAUCGCUGCACCUAUCCUGCCUUUAACCCUGUAAAAAAGCCCUCUGUAGCGACUGUUCCUUCCCCUGUUUCCAUCCUCCAGCUCUUCUCUGGUCUCCAGCUGCUCCCAUUCAUUUGCAGACCUGCGUUUACUUGCAGUGCCCCAGUAGUUAAAACCAGAAAAAAAAGCGGAAAAUUCUUUCCAACCAGUACCAUCCUGCCAGUAUCCAAACCGAACCUGCCUUCCGUGGUUCAGCCUGAUGCCUCUCUUCAGCCUGAAGCCUCUACUCAGCCUGAAGCCUCUACUCAGCCUGAAGCCUCUACUCAGCCUGAAGCCUCUACUCAGCCGGAUGCCUCUACUCAGCCGGGAUGCUUCUACCCAGCAUAAUGAACUGAUCCAGCCUGAUGAUCCUAUUAGGCCAGUUGACUCGAUGCCCGCUGUUGAUCCAGAUGAUCCGGUACCUGAUCCGGUGCCCGCUGUCGUGCCAAUUGACUCAGAGCCCGCUGUCGUACCUGGUGACUCGGUGCCCACUGCCUUGCCAGAUGACGCGGUGCCCGCUGGCGAGCCAAAUGACCUGAUGCCU